CUUUCUGACAGGCGAAAAAUGUGUUCGAGAAAUUCGAGGAGAUUUAUUAUUUCAUAACAAUAAUGGCAAAGUACCUGGCGCAGAUCAUUGUUUUGGGUGUUCAAACAAUCGGAAAAGCCUUCUCGAGAGCCCUAAAGCAAGAGAUUGACUUUUCACGGCAAGCUGCGGCGCGACAGGCUUCAAGUGGUGGUGCAUCAAAGGGUGGUCAGAGUUCUGAAGCAAGAAACCUCCGGGCAGGAAUGACCCUGGAUGAGGCUCAGAAUAUCCUGAAUUUAGAAAAAUUAGAAAAGGAAUUGCUGGAGAAGAGGUAUAAACAUCUCUUUGAGGUGAAUGAUAAAGCCCGAGGGGGAUCCUUCUACAUUCAAUCGAAAGUCUUUCGUGCCCGUGAGAGGAUAGAGCAGGAAAUGAAUCAGAUGGAUCCCAAAAAAUGAUUUAGUUGUUUCCAAAGGCAAAUUAAUAAUUUCAAAUAGCUGGGUAAUUUAUUGUUAUUUUUUUCCCGUAACAAAAUCCAAGUAAAAUGCAUGUAAAAGAAAAAAUGGAAAAAAAAAGAUCCGAGCACUGGUUUGCAUCUA